AUGGCAAACAGACCACCCAUCAUGCCGCCUCAUAAUGAGACUGAGCACUCAGUCAGCCGGAUCACCCGUGAAGGCAAACAGCUCACAUACAAAUUGAGCGUGAUGCAACAGCCAGAGCGGGCGAGAGCAUGCGGCGCGGGAGCCAAGUCAUCUGCUGAUCGUCGCCCUGUUGACCCACCGCCUGUGGUUGAGCUACGUAUCUUCGAGUCCGAUCCGGCUAACGAUGCGCAAAAGACCGAUAUCACCUUCGCCUACAAUGCCAAUUUCUUCCUUUACGCAACCCUCGACACCGCACGCCCUAUUGCCCACGGGCGGGUGGGUGGACCACAGUCGUGCCCUGUAUUAACUGGUGUGCCAGUCGCCGGUGUCGCAUAUCUCGACCGUCCCUCACAAGCAGGCUAUUUUAUCUUCCCGGAUCUCUCAGUGCGUCAUGAGGGCCGGUACCGCUUGAACUUCCACCUGUACGAAGAGAUUAAGGAGGCCAAGGAUGCCGACAAGGAUUCUCCUUUACCUCUUCCCAACCAAAUUCCUCUUUCUGCCACAUCAAAGCCAGGCGUCCCGCAAGCAUUCCUUCAUUUUCGUCUCGAGGUCAAGUCGGUACCUUUCACCGUUUAUAGCGCUAAGAAGUUCCCUGGCCUAGCGACCAGCACCUCUCUGAGUCGGAUCAUUGCCGAGCAGGGUUGCCGUGUUCGCAUUCGUCGUGAUGUUCGCAUGAGACGUCGGGGCGACAAGCGAGAUACGGACUACGAAUUCGGCGAGGAACGCGCAGCUGCGUAUGCAGCAGGAUCGUCGGAUCGUUUCACGACACCUGACAGAUACGCAGCUUCGAUGGAUCGCCCAAGGUCAAACAGCAAUGGCAGCAAUGUGGAAUCGCCCUAUGGGUUUGUUCCUCCAGAUCGACGACCAUCUGCACCCGACUAUGGCUUCCAGUGCCCACAACCCUACCAAAGACCCAUGCCACCUGCACCCCUGCCACACUCCUCCCAAACACCCUCAUAUCAAUCACACCUUUCAUUUGGUUCCACACCUUCGCAUUAUCCGGCUCCUCACAUGCCUCCUACACCACCCCCGCCGGCUGUAUCGCAAGGUAUCUACUCCCCACAGCAUGCAUAUGCCCAAAUACGACACCCAUCCAACGGCUCUGAAUACGAAGGAACACCGAUUUCGUAUCCCGUGGCGCCUCAAAUACCCCCCGAACGGGGUGGUUACCCUAAGUCUAUGAAUGCCUAUGGCAUGGAGCCACCAAAACCAAACUCAUACAUGGAUCCCCGCAUGGCUGAACCAGGUUUAUACCAAUCCAUACCCCAUGUUCCAGUAUCACGUUCUCAAACACCGAACUUGGUACAGGCCACCCCGCCUUACAAGCCCCUGUCAAAUGAAUAUGCCAACCAUAUAGUUCCUUCUGUGGAAAGCACGUCACCCGGUGGUGGUGGUGGAUACGACAACGUUAGAGGGAAGCGUAUGGUGUACCAAACUGGGCCAGGAUACGGCAAAAGGAGUCAUGAAGAUACUUUCGGCCUUGAUGACCGGUCAAUGCAGAACGGCAUGCGACCUGAUACUGAUCCUUAUCCUGCUUAUCGCGAUUUCUCAGGAGAAAGUCGCGCUGCACUUAUGGCUGAAAUGGGCAUUGAGUUAGCAUACAAGCGUGCCAAUGGCAAAAUGGUCAUGAAAGUUCCUCCGUCGAGUUAA